AUGGUCAAAAAAUUUGGACUUCAAACCAACAGUUGGGUGUUGGAGACGUAUGAGAAGCGUCAUAUGUGGGCUGAGGCAUAUAUGCGUGGACAUUUCUUUGCUGGGAUGAAGAGCACUCAAUGCUCGGAGUGUAUGAAUGCUUAUUUCAAUCCCUUCCUCCAACACAAAUUGAAGCUAUAUGAAUUUCUUAGGCACUAUGAUCGGGCUCUUGCAAGGAUAAGGUAUAACGAGGCUGGAGAUGAUGCUGAAACAAAUAACACUUUUCCGGGGAAGUUGAAUGUCAAGGACGUGUUCCCUUUGUCGGAUAGUCAGAAAUGCUACUAUAUUCAUAAGUACAAAGUGAAGGACAGAUCAUGGAUAGUAACACACAGUCCAGUGGAUGCUGCAAUGAGAUGUUCUUGCAUGAAGUUUGAGUCAUUGGGGCUACCUUGCUGUCACAUAAUAUGUGUUAUGAAAGCCGAAAAUUUAACGCAAAUUCCCCCAACUUGUGUGUUGCAUAGAUGGACAAGGGCUGCAAGCAAAGAUGGCCAGCAAUGGCCUCAACCCUCAAUUGAUAGCACUACAACACAGACGGCCCGGUAUGGGAUAUUGAGUUCUUCCUGCAACGAAAUGUGUUUCUAUGCCUCGCAAUCAACGGAAGGUUUCAAAGAGGCUAGGGAUGCAUGUCUUCCGAUGACGAGCCGGAUGAAGGAGUUAUAUGAGAGGAAUCUGAACGAUGGAAAUGGAGACAAAGGGAAACAUUCAUUCCCUCGACAAUUUGGAGUAGAAGAUCCUGAUGUUGUGAAGACAAAAGGGAACCCGGGACGGGCCUCGUCCAACUGUCGAAGACCAAGAAAAUGUGAGAAUUGCAAAUACAUUGGGCACACAAAGCGAACGUGUCCUAAGGUUCGGUUUAGCCGAACAGUGGAUACUAACUCGGAUGCAGAUAUACCCCACAUAACUGAGCGUGAGUACAAUGCGGAGUCAUUGCCUGUUCGCUGCAAAACUGGGUUGGUGGAUCCAAGUACACCGCACAUUAAGCAGCGGCGACUAUUUUUCAAUGCUUUUCCUAAUUCCAAGCAGUCUGCGGGCCAAUACAGUAGUGUUGAAGCAGCAGUGUGCAAAAAUGAUUCGACCACAAUUGAUGAGGUGAAUCAAGUAAUUGUAUAA